GACUUUCCCGAACUUUACGAUCUCGAUUUUGCUGGUAUUAAAGUAUCACUGCCGACAUGCUUGAGAUGCGGGUGGAGCUCGGUUACCGCGACAACAAUUUCUUGAAACCAGCCCACUUUCCAACUGGUGUUACGCCACCUCCACUAUUACAUGCUUCAUCUCUUGAACUGUUCUCACCCCCUGUGCUGUCCCCACCCCCCACAAAGCAACCACGCCUAAAUGCCCCAGGGGGUAGCUACCUGUCGCAGGGCUUUUGUCGAGAACCAGGUCUGAUGAUUCCACUGUAUCAUUGUAACCAAAGUGAGGCUUCAGCCGGGAUGUUGAAAAACAAUGACAGUAAAGUGACUGCUUUUGCAAGUUCAGCAAGGCAUUCAGUUUCAGAGGAGCACCUGUUCUUUCAUGAAAAGUGUAACCGCAUAAGUCACAGUAACGCAUGGUGUCGUUCCAACUCUUCACAGGAACAUGGCAUGAUGGAAGAAGAGGGGCACCAGGACGCAGCCAUCAACCUGUCUACUGGACGAGACGCUGUCAGAGACGCUGCCAGAGACGCUGCUAGAGACGCUGCCGCCAUUGGGGCAGCACUUCUCAAUGGAGACGCCAGAAAUGGCGACCUGCAUCACGAAUCACGUCAGAUCUCAGAAUCUCCUCAGGGUGUUCCUCCUGGGAAGAACUCCUCCAGCCUAGUGGGAGCUGCUAAACGGAAGUUGAAGUCUGCAUCAGACUCGUCUCCGCUGCUGACCAACCUAUCCCAGCAGCCCUUGCUGAUGAUGGCUGCACAACACGGCCUCUCCCCGCAGCAGGUGCAGCAGCUACUGCAACAGCAAGGUGUUUCCCCGCAACAGCUGCAGCAGAUGAUGCAACAACAGCAGACGUUGAUGUUACAACAUCAACAGCAGCAGCAGAAGCUUCAUGAGCAGGUGCUCCAUCAGCUCAACGAGCAACUACAGCUGAAUGUCCUCCAGCAAUCUCAGCUGAUCCAGCAGCAGCAGCAGCAAGAUAAGCAGAAGAGUGGGAAGCAUGCGCAGCAGCAGUUGCAGCAACUGGCCAUCCAGCAGCAACAGCUGAUUCAGCAAAUCCAGCAGAUCCAGCUCCAACAACGGCAGUACCUCCUGGCCUGUCUCGUUCAACCCUUCAGUGGGAUGCCACAAGGAAUGAUGUCUCCUGCCGAAAUUCAGCAGUUGUGGAAGGAAGUGGCAGCACAGUCAGGACUUGAAGAAACACCCAAAAAUGGUUUGACAAUACCCACAAUUCCAAGUGUAACGAGCGCACCUAGCGUGACUGUUCCUCCCCAGACAACUGUGAUACAAGCUCCCUCAUAUAUGACCAAUGGUGGAAUUCCAGUUGAUGGAUUCUUAUUACCAGGUAUCGCUCCCCUCAACCAGGCUGCACCAAUCAGCAUCCGCCAUAACGACAGUGCCAAGGCUCAAAUUGGCAGUGAGGCCAUCAACGGGGCUGCCCCGCCCAGCAACCCUCUCUUCCGACACAGUGUGUGCAAGUGGCCAGGUUGUGACACACCUUGUGACGACUACCAUGCAUUUACGAAACACUUGAACAGUGAGCAUGUGUUGGAUGAUAGAAGCACUGCACAGGCGAGAGUGCAGAUGCAGGUCGUCAGCCAGCUGGAAAUACAGUUGUCCCGAGAGAAAGAGAUGUUACAGGCAAUGAUGCAGCAUCUCCACAUGAAGCCUCCCCAGCAACGUCAGCAUUCGCCGCAGCCCCCUCCACAACCAUCGCAACCACAGCUGAUACCACAGGAAGUGAAGCCUGAGCCUAUCACACUGAAUACACCCACCAUCAUGCCCAAACUCGCUUCAAUUCCUCUCACAACGGCACCACCUCACCCAGCCGUAACCGUAGUGACGUCACCAGUGGUUGCCAUGACACCAACACUGACUCCAAGCUCUCAGCUUCCUACUGUGUCGCAAGCACCUGCUACGCCUCAGUCGACACCUACUGGUGCAGGGACGAUUAGGCGAAGAGUUUCAGACAAGUGCAAUCUUCCCAUAUCAGCAGAAAUCCAAAGAAAUCGAGACUUCUACAAGAACACGGAUGUAAGGCCUCCAUUUACUUAUGCGUCACUGAUCAGACAGGCUAUCAUUGAGUCUCCGCACCGUCAGCUGACACUGAAUGAGAUCUACCAGUGGUUUCAGAACACGUUUGCAUACUUCCGACGUAAUGAGGCCACUUGGAAGAAUGCUGUGCGCCACAACCUUAGUCUUCACAAAUGUUUUAUGAGAGUUGAGAAUGUUAAAGGCGCUGUUUGGACAGUGGACGAGGUAGAAUUCUACAAACGGAGACCUCAAAAAUUGAGCGGGAGCUUGAAAAGUCCAUCGUUGUCAGACCCCUCAUCGAUAACGAGACACUGAAUGCAAGCCUACGGGCGGCUCUAGGCGAGGCCAGCAUGGCCAUGUUGACUGCUGCUCACAACCAGAUGACAGGACAAGAGAGCGGAGGAGGACCUGUCCAUGAAGAGCCUCAGUAACAGUCAAGAUGGCUGCUCCCCACCCU